AUGCAUAAUGAUAAUGGAAGACCUAACACUAAAAAAGGUUCAACCAAAUUUGGUAAAAAAUAUUGUACUAUUUCACUAUAUCUUUUAAAGUCACUAAUUGAAUCAUACGAAUAUGAACAAGUAUAUGUUCCUGAAAUUCUUGAAGGGUUACAUAAUCUUGUUCCUGCUAUGAAUGAUUAUUUUAAUCUUGUACCAACAGUUGAAAGACAAAUUAAAGAAUCUGAAUUAACUUUUAUUUUAUAUGAGUCUUUUGUUUUGCCUAAUAAAGAACGA